GCCAGCAGCUAGACAGCUGUGUUCAAUCAGAAACCACUUACAACUCCAGACGAUUCAAAGGGGGAAACUUCGGCGUGAAGUGCUGCUCGGCUCCGGCUCUCUCCAGCUCUUUCCUCCCGGGAACCCGAGGCACGUACGGUCCUCGCACCGGUGCCCAGGCUUCUCCAGGCUUCUCCCGGAGGGUGCCCGAGCUUUGCUGGGCGCCGGCGCGAACUGCCCACCUGCCGGGUAAUGGGGAUCUGCGUGGUACCGUAGGAGGGGCGAGGCGACGCGGAGGGUGGCAUCGCCCCGGGACUCCGCGGUGGGCGCGCGGGCGGGUCCGGGCGCCGGCUCGGCCGCUGCAGCUGCUGCGAGCGCAACCCGCUGCUGCCCAGUCUCCCGCAGCUAUGGCUCGUUGGUGAGAUUCCAGCUGGACUUUCCGUGCCGAGCUUCUCCAUCCUUUCUGGCCUCGCUGCUGUCCUGGGUGAAAAUGGCUGUCUAGACUGAAAUGUGCCGGCGGGGAGCAAACCCAGGCUAUCCAGCCUAAGCCCGGCUCCUACGCUCCGAGGUCUGGGGCCGAGCCCGGCUCUGAAAAGUGCAGGCAUGAAUUCUGGAGUUGCGGUGAAAUAUGGGAACGACUCCUCAGCCGAGCUGAGCGAGCUCCACUUGGCAGCCCUGGCAUCGCUCAAGGGAGACAUUGUAGAGCUGAAUAAACGUCUGCAGCAAACAGAGCGGGAACGAGACCUCCUGGAAAAGAAGCUGGCCAAGGCGCAGUGCGAGCAGUCACACCUCAUGAGAGAGCAUGAAGACGUCCAGGAACGCACGACACUCCGCUAUGAGGAGCGCAUCACAGAACUUCACAGCAUCAUUGCAGAACUCAACAAGAAGAUAGACCGCCUGCAGGGUACCACCAUCAGGGAGGAAGAUGAAUACUCAGAACUGCGGUCAGAGCUCAGCCAGAGUCAACAAGAGGUCAACGAUGACUCCAGAAGCGUGGACCAAGACCAGACCUCUGUGUCCAUCCCUGAGAACCAGUCUACGAUGGUCACUGCUGACAUGGAUAACUGCAGUGACUUGAACUCGGAACUGCAGAGGGUGCUGACGGGUCUGGAGAGUGUGGUCUGCUGCAGGAAGAAGAGCAGCUGUAGCCUGUCUGUGGCUGAGGUGGACAGGCACAUAGAGCAGCUCACUACGGCCAGCGAGCACUGUGACUUGGCCAUUAAGACAGUUGAAGAGAUCGAGGGAGUUCUUGGUCGGGAUCUGUAUCCCAACCUGACUGAGGAGCGGUCCCGGUGGGAAAAAGAGCUGGCUGGAUUGCGGGAAGAGAAUGAAAGUCUGACCGCCAUGCUGUGCAGCAAAGAGGAGGAGCUGAACCGGACCAAGGCCACCAUGAACGCCAUCCGCGAGGAGCGGGAUAGGCUUCGGAGGCGGGUCCGAGAGCUCCAAACUCGGCUGCAGAGUGUGCAGGCUACUGGACCUUCUAGCCCGGGUCGCCUCACCCCUGCCAAUCGCCCAAUUAACCCCAGCACGGGAGAGCUAAGCACCAGCAGUAGCAGCAAUGACAUCCCCAUCGCUAAGAUUGCAGAGAGAGUGAAGCUAUCAAAGACGAGAUCCGAAUCUUCCUCAUCUGAUAGGCCAGUCCUGGGCUCUGAAAUCAGUAGCAUCGGGGUUUCCAGCAGUGUGGCAGAACACCUGGCCCACUCCCUCCAGGACUGCUCCAACAUCCAGGAAAUUUUCCAAACACUCUACUCACACGGAUCUGCCAUCUCAGAAAGCAAGAUUAGAGAGUUCGAGGUGGAAACGGAGCGGUUGAAUAGUCGUAUUGAACACCUCAAAUCCCAAAAUGAUCUCCUCACCAUAACCCUGGAGGAAUGUAAAAGCAACGCCGAAAGAAUGAGCAUGCUGGUGGGGAAGUACGAAUCAAAUGCCACAGCCCUGAGGCUGGCCUUGCAGUACAGUGAGCAGUGCAUAGAAGCCUAUGAACUCCUGCUGGCCCUGGCUGAGAGCGAGCAGAGCCUCAUCCUGGGGCAGUUCCGGGCAGCUGGUGUGGGCUCCUCCCCCGGAGACCAGUCAGGGGAUGAGAAUAUCACUCAGAUGCUGAAGCGGGCUCACGACUGCCGGAAGACUGCUGAGAACGCCGCCAAAGCCCUGCUCAUGAAGCUGGAUGGCAGCUGUGGGGGAGCCUUCGCUGUGGCCGGCUGCAGCGUGCAACCCUGGGAGAGCCUGUCUUCCAACAGCCAUACCAGCACGACCAGCUCUACAGCCAGCAGCUGCGACACAGAGUUCACUAAAGAAGAUGAGCAGAGGCUGAAGGAUUAUAUCCAGCAGCUCAAGAAUGACAGAGCCGCUGUCAAGCUGACCAUGCUGGAGCUGGAGAGCAUCCACAUCGAUCCACUCAGCUACGACGUCAAGCCAAGAGGCGACAGCCAGAGGCUGGACCUGGAGAAUGCCGUGCUGAUGCAGGAGCUCAUGGCCAUGAAGGAGGAGAUGGCUGAGCUGAAGGCCCAGCUCUAUCUUCUGGAGAAAGAGAAGAAAGCCCUGGAGCUGAAGCUGAGCACCAGGGAAGCGCAGGAGCAGGCCUAUCUGGUACACAUCGAGCACCUCAAGUCCGAAGUGGAGGACCAGAAGGAGCAGAGGAUGCGGUCUCUGAGCUCCACCAGCAGCAGCGGCAAGGAGAAGCCUGGCAAGGAGUGUGCCGACGCUGCCUCCCCAGCUUUGUCACUGGCUGAACUAAGGACAAACGGUGACAGCGAGCUGGCCACCGAGUUCGCCAAUGCCAUCCGACGGGAAAAGAAGCUGAAGGCCAGAGUCCAAGAGCUGGUCAGCGCCUUGGAAAGACUCACCAAAAGCAGUGAAAUCAGACACCAGCAGUCAGCAGAGUUUGUUAAUGACCUGAAACGGGCCAACAGCAAUCUGGUGGCAGCCUAUGAGAAAGCAAAGAAGAAGCAUCAAAACAAGCUGAAGAAGCUGGAAUCUCAGAUGAUGGCCAUGGUGGAGCGACAUGAGACCCAAGUGAGAAUGCUCAAGCAAAGAAUAGCACUGCUGGAGGAAGAGAACUCCAGGCCACACACCAACGAAACUUCACUCUAACAGGCACGCUGGCACCAAAGUUCUGCCCCCAAGGGGUUAACCUCGAGCAGCUCUGGAGUCCCUCAGAAGAAGAAGGGCCCAAGGAAGGAGGGAGUGUUGGGAGGAAGAGUGGAAAGGCUGCCUAUAGAUCACAGGCUAUACCUUGGGGAUGCGUGGUCAUGAUGGCACUGUGGAUUACAUAUGUAUGUACAGGCUUCAGCUGCUCUAGGCCUGGCCACAAAGGGCGUCUACAAUGGCUCCAGCCGCAAGAUUAGCCACAUCUCGUUUCAGUGUUCACCAUUUCCGGUUCUCAGCUGUACUGUGCAGUGGAUUUCCAAGUCCCCCGCUGCACCCUCCCCUUCUUUUUUCAUAGGCUGUGGACUUUUGACACCUAGAUUUCUUCCUUCCUCUUCCAAGGGAAAAGUGACAGUGUUGUAUGUCUCCAGCAUCGAGGGCUGCUGGCUUCCUGCAGCAGGGCUCUGCUUUUCAGGUCCCGCGGUAACCAGAUUCUUGAAAUACAGUCAUGAAGAGGUAUAAGUUGGGAGUUACAGACCAGAGGAUGCACAGUGUUGCCACCUAGCAUCCCAGACACAGUGUAGUUUCAAAUGUCACAGUUGUGUGUGGACCGUUCUGCUCUAGACGAAUCAAAGCAUCUUCCAUUUUUAUUUUAGAGGCAGGGCUCAGAUUCCCUCCUAGCAAAGAGUAAGAUUUAUAAUAUUCUUGAUUUAUGGAGAGAAGCCAAUAUUUUUACAUUGGGUUUCUUCCAGAACAGAAAAAACAGUAUUAGCUCUCACCCAGCCCAGAGCACUACAUAGCUCCUAUUCUGAAUCAAAACCUAAGCCAUUUGAACGCCUUUGGGCCCUGCCUCCCUAAAGGCAAGAGGCUUGACCCUGUUGAACACCAAGGAGACCCUUAAUGUAUAAAAUUGUCCCCACCUAUUUAACGGAGUGCCACUGAACCUUUAGUCUCUGACUGGAUGAGGGAUGGCUGAUAGGCUUCCUAAGCUAACUGGUGACUGGGAGGCAGGUUCAAAGUACCUGAACUCUAGGAGGUUUCCCAGAUUCAUUUAGUUCCUUUACUGUUUUGCCUUCUACUGUUCAUGGAUACAAUUAAAGAGCAGCUUGGCUUUUUAGUUUUCUCCCCCCUUCUCCCCCUAUAGCCCCUAAUACUGUUCAUUUGCUAGGAGAAAUGGGUCCAACUGCUGUGGUUAUCUAAGUGAGAGGUGCUGUAUAAAUGGCUAUGUUGUUGCUGUAGACUCCUGGCUAUGGGUGAGCAUGCUUUCAGAAAGCAAACACAGGUUCCUCUGCCUUCUGUGCAACAGGGAAAGGUAUUCUGGCCUUCUCCUACGACAGACAGACCAGUGGCAAGCCCUUCAUCUGGCACAUGAGACUGGUUUGAGUCGAGGCCUGGCUUGUGCGUGCUGACGCCUUUCUAGCCUUCUGUCAACAGAAGGCUAAAAACAUCUGUGAUGUUCACUUCUGGGGGUAAAAUUGUCUUUUGUUAUGCAGAAAAUGUGUAGGUAGAAACAUCUAUUGCCUCUCUCCCACCCCAAGAAUGUAAUAGGUAAAAUUGGCUUUCAGGAUUUUUUUCCCCCAGCUAAUGUCUGCCCCCGCCACACUCCCUGCCCCCCCCCGACCCCCGCCAGAGUAAACUGGGAUAGGCAUGGCUGUCCUAGAGACACCACAGUCCAGGUAAGGGAUGUUUGUUAGGUUUCUCAUUCUGACCAUCCAGAUGCAGUGAUGGGCAGCAGGUGAUGCUCUAAGUGAUGAAGAUACCAAAUUUUUGAAUAAAUGGGAAAGGGCUAUACAAUCUUUUCCUUAUACCUGUCAAUGUUGGUUGAGGGUGAAGCAGCAGGCAUUUGCUCAUGUGAAUUAUGGAAGCUACUGAACUGCACUGAUUAAAUACACGACAGCAGGUGCCUAGGUAAUUUUCCUUUUUGUUUAACCUAGCGAUUCCUGAACCUACUUUUAAAUAGGAAACAGUUUCUAUUAACAUGUCUAUUCAGGCAAACAAGAUUAUCCUGAUUUUUAAUUUGUAUGAGGUUAAAAAACUUAGUCGAUCUCUGCAGGCAGUCACCUUUACUAAUCAAAGCCAAUUUUGGUUCAUAAAAAAUAGGCAGAACAAAAGGGCCCAUCAGGAACCAUUUGAUAGUUUCCUUGGACUAUACUCCCCAUUCUGAGGUGGACAAACCCAACUCGGGCAGUGAUAAUAAGCAAAGGAGACAUCUGUCCGUGACUGGCUCUGGUCCGCUCCAACCAAGCCCACGUGGGUCAGCCAAAUGUGCCUUGCCUUGUGACGGUAAGAAAGUGUCCUCUGGAGUCAUAAUAAAGGCUGUCAUGUGUCCAGACAGUUGAGACCUACCCUUCUCCCCGUUUCCUACUUCAGGUGUAUGUGAGUGCUCAAUGUCCCCAGUGAGGCAGAGACCUUCCACUCACUCCAUCCUGUGCUGUCGCUGCUGUGUGUUUGUUGCCUGAAACUGGAUGCUCCUUUUAACUGACACUCAGCCUAAGUGUGCGUAUCCUCUCAGAUGCAUGUGGGCACAAGGUGGUCCUCAGCGCCUGCAGUAAGAACUUUACACGGGCUUCAGAGAAUUCUACAUUAGAGCUUUGGCAGGGUUCUGAGAAGGAAGAGCAGGCCAAGCCGCACAGCCUUAGGUGUUUAUUCUAAAAUCUGUUAAGAGGAGGCUUACUAAAGACCUUGCCGCCGUGAGGGAGGACCUGGAAGUCUUCUAGGUCCUACAUAUAGACAGACGUUACCUUAACAGAAAGGAAAUGCUUCCCAAGUUCUCUUUUCUCUCACGGGCAUGGGUCAAAACUACGGCCCACGACAAAUGCUAUGCAAUGAUAUCAAUUGUAUAAACUCCUUUAGAGCUGCCAGGAGUUAAGGUUGUAUCAUGUUCGAGGAGAAGUGUAGGGAAAAGCGUGAAGGCACUACCAGAACCCUCGCUCUUAUCGGCCCAAACACUUCCAUCUAUAAAAGCUUUCAGUGAUAACUGUUUAAUUGGGAGUGUGUCCAGUCGUUAUAUGAACGCAGUGCCCUAAGUAAAAACCAUCACGUUCACCAAGUGUAUAUAGUGUCGAGGCUGAAUUACGCUUAAUGUUUUUAAGAGCCCAACAGAGAACAAAUUGUUUGGCGGCUAAAAUCUCUGCACUGAUCUUCAUUAGAGUGUAGUCCUAGUGUGGGGUGGGCAUGGGUCCAAGAACUUAAGCACCAGUAUUUUCCUUCCUUCUGCGGUGCACUGCACCUAUAAUUGUGGAAGAGAUCAGCAACUGAUUCUGUUUAGAUGGAAAAGAAUAUGACAGAGACUUACGUGACAGAGUGACAGCUUGCAAACUCUUUAUAAAGCAGGAAUGGCUUGCUACAAAAACCACCCCCACCCUUUCAAUGUUCGCGCAAUCGAUCCCAAUGUUUACAUAGGUCAGCGCUGAGCCCAUGGCCCAUUUCGAUUCAUUUUCUAACCACCUGGGUGUUCCUCUGAGAUGCUGUGACCCCAGCAUAUCUGAGCACGCUCGUGGAGAGGAAGAUAUUUUCACAUACGGGCAGGCAUUACAAUGUUGGUAAUCCACUAUAACUGUAAUACGUUGUCUGAUACUUUGAAGAUGUGUUCAAAAAGAAAGAAAAAGCUGCAUGCCAGAAACAAGAUCCACUGUUGGGUAACGACCCCCAUGACUAUUUGAUCUUUCAAGUCUCUCACUGAUAAUUACCCCCAGUGCCCACUCAGCAGCACAGAGCAGAUCUGUAGAGAACUCCACAUCCACGCAGAUGCUCUACCGGUCUCCUCUUCCAUGGUUUGUAGAGUCUACAGCGUUCUUUUGCAGAGCUCCUGUCAGGACACCUACCUUCAAGAGCCCGAUAACCUGAGUUUGUUAGGUAUGGAUGCAAAGAUUACAAAUGUUCACUUCAAUUUCUAAUCUGCUUUUAGACAUAAUGUUAACUUACUUUGCAUGAAAUUUAACUUUUUUAUUCAUUGAAAAUGUGCUUUUUAUACCACUUGAAUUAGAAAAUCCUGCUUGAAUGUACUGUCCCUAAAGCACACGUGACUGUGUUUGCAUCUGUCAGUACUGUUCUGCUUAUAUGGAAAGUGUCAUUUGAAAGUGGCUACUAAACACUGUACUAUACCUUGUAAUUUUUAGACUCACUUGUAGCUUUAAAUGUUUCCAGAUGCCUUUAGUUUUUAGCUGCUGUAAAAUAGCUAAUUUGUGUUAUUUGAUAUAGAAUUGUUUAAAAAAAAAAACUCCAUUUAUUUAUACAGAGACAUUUAUAAUAUUUUACAAACGUUCUUAUAUUCUGAAUAAAUAUUUCUAAUUCCA